AUGUUGGAAGCUGAGGCAAGCGGUGGGAUGGCCCACAAUGCUGGGCCCGAUGAGAAGACAUUGCAGGUGUUGCGGAACAUGGCCAACCACCUGCGAAUCCGUACCAUCAGGGCCACAAGUUCCUCGACCACUAGCAGCUUCAUGAAGAGACUGCUUCCUGAUUACUCUUGGAAGCACAAUGUUGAGGAUGCAGAAAGUUGGUAUGGAAGGCCAAUGCCAAAAGAAAAAGUAGAUGCAAUUGUCAAAUUAAUUGAAAGUCAGAUACAGACCAACAAAAUUCUUGUACCAUCACCCCCUAUUGAGGACUCACCUCAAAUUAACAUCAUGGAUAUAUAUAUGGCUUCACCCCCUGUUUACAUAGCUGAUGACAUGGUGUCUACUCAAAAAGCAUGUGGUUUGGCUCUGGCUAAACUGAGCCAUGAAAAUGACAGAGUUAUUGUACUGGAUAGUGACACCAAGAUCUGCAAUUUUUCUGACAUAUUCAAGAAAGAACACCCAGAGAGAUUCAUCCAGUGUUAAAUUGCUAAACAAAACAUGGUGAAUGUGGCACUAGGAUGUGCCACCUGUGACCGGACCAUUGUUUUUGCUUGUACCUUCGCUGCUUUUUUCGCCCGAGCAUUUAUCCAAGUGGGAGCCAUCUCUCAAAUCAACAUCAACCUUAUUGGUUGCCACUGUGGGGUAUCAACUGGUGAUGAAAAUCCCUACCAUAUGGCCCUGGAAGACCUGGCCAUGUUCUGAGCAAUUCCCAAUUUUGUUGUUUUCUAUCCAAGUGAUGCCAUCACCACAGAGCAUGCUGUUUACUUAGCAGCCAAUACUAAGGUAUAAAUGUGCUUUAUUUGUACCAGCCAAGCAGAAACUGCAGUUAUUUACACCACUCAAGAAACCUUUCAUAUUGGAUAGGCCAAGGUUGUCUGCCAUAGUGACAAUGAGAAGGUCAUAGUUAUUGGAGCAGGAGUCACUCUGCAUGAAGCCCUAGUGGCUGCUGAUGAGCUCUCUAAAGAAGAUAUCUCUAUCUGUGUCAUUGACUUGUUUACCAUUAAACCUCUAGACAUUGCCACUAUCAUUUCCAGUGCAAAAGCCACGGGUGGCCAAAUUAUCACCAUGGAGGAUCACUAUCCAGAAGGGUUCCUGCUUUCCCUCAAGUCCAGCAAUAUCCCAGUUGUCCCACCUCCUCAGUUGAUCCUCACACUUGCCACUCUUCUGAAAUUGACCAUAUUGAGGUAG